UUUUCUGUCCUCAGUUUGAGGAUGGACAUGAUCAGGAACAACAUGACGUCUCUCACUAAGCAGUUUUCCGUCAGCGUUGCUGGCAAGAAGUCAACUCCUUCCUCCACGACAAUCAGAAUGGUUUUACUGGGGAGGACAGGAAGUGGCAAAAGCUCCACCGCUAACUCCAUCGUUGGUCGGAAGGUCUUGGAUUUAAAGCUCAGCAGUCCCUUGAUUGGCCAGCGCUGCCACAGGGCCAAUGGAGAGUUUCGUGGGCGACAGCUGCUUAUUCUAGACACUCCUGGUGUGCUGGACACUCAUCAGACUCAGCAGGAAGUCCAGCGGGAGCUGAGGAGGAGCGUCAGCCUCCUCUUCCCCGGACCUCAUGCUUUCCUGAUUGUUGUUCAGAUCGGAAGAUUCACUCAGGAGGAGAAAGAGGCAGUGCGACACAUCAAGGAGGCAAUGGGCUCCCACGCUUUGAGCUUCUCUGUGGUGGUUUUCACCCACGGAGACCGUCUGGAGGAGGGCACGUCGGUGAAGCAUUACCUGAUAGACCAGUCUAGGGACCUGGCUGAGCUGGUGGCUGCAUGCGGGGGCAGGUACUGUGUCUUCAAUAACCAGAACCUUAGCAACAAGGAGCAGGUCAGCGAGCUGAUGAUGUUGGUGGACAACAUGAUGCUGAAUAACGGAGAGAGUUUCUACAACAGCAGAAUGCUUCAGAAAACAGAAGAAGAUCUGUCUUAUCAGCUGGAAGAGGAGAGGAAACUGCUCACUGAAAAGAAUGAGCUGCCGAAUCAGAAACAGGAGAACACCCUGAAGGAGUGGUACGAGAAAGAGCUGGAGAUGGUUCAACAGAAAACCAAGAAGGAGCUGGAAGAACUGAGGACAAAACUGGAGCUGGAGAAAGAGAAGGAGGAGAAGCAGGCAAAAGAACGGGAGAAGGCCCUCAGGGAGGAGAUUGAGAAGAAGAAGCUGCAAGAGGUCGUAAGACUGACAGACAUGGAGAAGAAGAGGAGGGAAGAUAUUCAGGGGAGGCUCGAUCAAGUAACCAAAAUGUUGGAGGAGCAAGUUGAGAGGGAGAGGAAGAUGAGACGAUCCAUGGAGGAGAAGAUUCAGAAGGACAGAGCAGAACAUGAAAGGAAAGAGAGGGAGAGAGAGCUCCAGUACAUCCAGAUGGAGCAGGCGCUCAGACAGCGAGAGGAGAUGACAAGAGACGCCCUGGAGGGAGAGCUGGACAACCUCUGCCAGAGGCUGGAGGAGCUGACCAGGAAGGAGGAGGAGAGGAAGAGGCAGAUGCAGGAUCUGCUCAGACAGGAGCGGCAGGAGAGUCAGAGGGAACUGGACCUGCAGAUGGAGCAGCUGAGGGUGGAGAAGCGGCGAACCGAGGCCUUCAAACGGGAGCUGAAGUUCCUGAAGAUCAAGAUCGAGCAGCAGAAAGAGUGCGAAGAACGCUUGAAGAAACUCCUGGAUGAGAACCUGUUGAAGGAGAGGGAAAAGUGCGACAAGGAAAUCUCCUCGCUGAAGAGGCUGUGUGGCCAAAAGUGCAGCGAGAUGCUGGAGAAGAUUUCUGCAAAGAGCCCUCGCAGAGCGUCCGGUGUGGUCGGAUACGUGCAGGAGAUGGGACUGCUGGGUCUGAACGCAGCUCUGGAGAAGGUCGGAACUCCGUGCUGCAUUCAAUAACAUGAGGAUGAGGUUAAAACUCAUGUAGUGAGUUUUAACAUCCUCAAUGUAGCUGUUUGCUGUGAUGGUAAGAUGUACGGCCUGUGAAAAAUCUGCUGCCAGACUUUUUGCAGAUCAAGAUACUAAUUAAAGAUAAUGGCUCAAACUCAGUCAGACUGGAUGGGAGGUGUCUGUGAUCAUCAGUCUUUGUUGCAAAAUAUUCUCAGAUUUGGUUCUUGACUUUGACUAGGCUCUUCUAACAUGCUUACACUGUGAUCUAAACCAAUCCACUGUGACCUUAAACAUGUUAAGAUUGUCCCAUAUUUUUCUUCGCAUACACUCUGACCGGCUUCCUUGUCUCUACAAGAGAAAAGAGUCCCCUCAGCAUUAUGGUUCCACCACCACGCUUCACCAUAGGGACGGUGACCCAAGUGUGAUCUGCACUGUUCCACCACAUGUAGUGAGUUUUGUUUAAGUUUAAUUUUAUUUUGAGUUGGGCCUGUACAAAUGCAGGCCCAACUUUUCUUGGUCUCCCACAAACAUUCAAAGUGUAAACGAGAAAAAAGAUGAAGCACAGAAAGCUUAAUGAAUACUUUUCAAGACUCAGCUAACUUCCUGUAUUUGGCAGAACCAUUUACCCCAGAGUCAGGAAGACGACUACCCACGUGAGAGUAAUUUCAUUCCAACAAAUGGAUGUGAUUCCUGUGUGCGUCCUAAAUCAGCAAAUGCACAAACUCUCAGAAAUGAUGGAGAUAAUCUGAUUAUGAACUCCCCACCCUCGGCUGUGUGCUGUACUCUCCGUGUCCAUCAUUUAAAUCUGUACUCAAACCAAACCCUGUUGCUGUUAUUCA